AUGAAUACCUUUGAGCCAUCGGCGUCGUCCCCGACAGGUGCCCACAGCGAACCCAGAGAUAUAGAUUCUUCCUCAUCGCGCUCACCCACCCACGUGGACUCGGGUAUUUCAUCGUCGGCCAACAGCAGCCGGUCCCGCUCAAGCUUCGCGUCCCGAAACUAUGCCGCAGCCCAGCAAUCACAGAAGCAGUUCACCGAGAACACCCCCAUAAAUGGAUCUAGCUCAUCAGCGCGUGGCUACCAAGCCACCGAGCCACCAAAUUCUACCGGCGAAAACUACGAACCCACCAAGAAUAGCCAGAGGAAUUCCCCUGAACUCAGCAAUGCCGCCAGUCCCGCCAACCAAGAUCGCCAGAUUAAUCAGCCCAAGCCAACGGAGGAACUCCAGCGAUCCUGGUUCAGCCGAUUCGUGGACCGAUUCGGCUCUCUAGAACUUGAGAACAAGGGUAGCGUAGCACGAGAUCACUUGGCCUUGGAACGAACUUUCCUUGCAUGGAUGCGCACAUCCCUGGCAUUCGCCUCUAUCGGCAUCGCCGUGACCCAACUUUUUCGAUUAAACACCGCCACCGCUUCUACAAAAAUGCAAGAUCUAGGCGCUUACACUAAUCACCCUGGGAUACAACCCCCUUCCUUCAACAACUUCGAACCGUACUCAUCCAGUGACAACAACUCCAGACUCCGCAGUGUAGGAAAACCACUCGGAUCGACGUUCAUAGGCGUUGCUAUUUUAAUUUUAAUGAUUGGGUUCCACCGUUAUUUCGAAAGCCAGUACUGGAUUAUUCGAGGAAAGUUCCCCGCUAGCCGGGGAAGUGUUGCAAUCACGGCUUUUGUCGCAGUUGCGCUGAUUAUUGCGGCUUUGGCGGUCAUUUUGGCUGUCGCGCCGAAUGCAUAUGAAGCAUGA